AUGGCCGCCUCCAAGUGCAGCCGCCUGAGUGGGGACCUCUCCCGCAGCUUCCUUGCCUCGGUGGACACCGUGCUCUUCGACUGCGACGGCGUGCUGUGGCGGGGAGACGAGGCAGUCCCGGGGGCCGGAGCUGGUACCGGCGGGAUGAAGGACUGGGCGGCACUGAGCCCGGACCCCGAGGUCAAGGCCGUGGUAGUCGGGUUCGACGAGCACUUCAAUUACAUGAAGCUGACCCGGGCUCUCCGUUACCUGCAGGACCCCGACUGCCUGUUCAUCGCCACCAACACGGACACCAGGCUUCCCCUGGAGGGGGGCCGAACCAUCCCGGGAACCGGUUGUCUGGUAAGAGCGGUGGAGAUUGCCGCUCAUCGCAAAGCCCACAUUAUUGGAAAGCCCAGCUCGUUCCUCUACGACUGCGUGGUGAAAGAAUGUGGCCUGGAUCCCUCCAGGACUGUCAUGGUGGGAGAUCGCCUGGACACGGACAUUCAGAUGGGUUCUACAUGUGGCAUCCGCACACUCCUGACCCUCACAGGCUUCUCCAGUCUGGAAGAUGCGAAGGCCUACCAAAACAACGGCUCGCUCUCCAUGGUCCCCGACUUCUAUGUAGACUCGGUCGCUGACCUGCUACCGGCACUGACUGAGAAUGCUCAUUGACGUGAUUUUGCACAGGAGAAGCGGAGACACAAAAAUAACCAAAUUUUAUCUAAUUUAUGCAACGAAUGGGGUUUCUGACCUGCACUGCCCGUCCCCCAGUUCAAUCGUUCUCUGGAUUGUGGGCAAUACAAACACAGGGCUUGUCCCAGGGUCCGA